AUGUUCGAGCGGCGCGCGGCAGACCGAUACCGUUUGCGCAUGCACCGGGCCCGGUCAGCAGUCCUGACCUCCGACGAGAUAGUCGAAGUGCGCGCAGCCCAGCGAACCUUCGAAGGUGCCUACGUGCGAACCGCUCUUUCCCAGUUCUCCUUCGCCCUCGUGGUUCUCAAAAUCUUCACCGCCGAAUUCUACAGCAUUGGUGCGCUGUUCGCAAUCUACGGGACUGGCGUACUGAUUAUCGGGCUCUUCCGCCGCUCACAGGGAAACCGACAAUUCUUUUCAGAGCUCGGCGAGGACGGCAUUCAUCGCCACAAGUUCAGGACCAGUGGGAAUGCGGUGGUGGUCCUGACCGCACUGAGCAUAGCCGCAUAUGUGUGUUUGAUUGGUCUUACCCUGAACCUGAGCAAUUAA